CCCUCAGGCACUGCGCGGGGCAGCCCGGCUGAGGCGCGGUCAGGCAGCGCGCGGGGCAGCCCCCGCGCCGGCGGUACAGAAGGCCCCCUACGGGCGCGGGAGGCCCCAGCGGCGGGAGGCGGCGGCGGGCACCAUGUCGGUGAGCGACAUGUUCAUCGUGCUGCAGGGCGUCCUCACCGCCGACCAGGACAUCCGCGAGGAGAUCCGGAAGGUGGUGCAGGCGCUGGAGCAGACGGCCCGGGAGAUCCUGACGCUGCUGCAGGGCGUGCACCAGGGAGCCGGCUUCCAGGACAUACCAAAGAAAUGUCAGAAGGCUCGUGAACACUUUGGCACCGUGAGAACGCAGCUGGAGUCUCUGAAGACCAAGUUUCCCGCUGAUCAGUAUUACAGAUUUCAUGAGCACUGGAGGUUUGUGCUCCAGCGGUUGGUGUUUCUGGCAGCGUUUGUUGUCUACUUGGAGUCAGAAACGUUAGUGACCCGAGAGGCUGUUGCAGAAAUACUUGGGAUUGAAGCUGAUCGAGAGCGGGGCUUUCACCUGGACAUUGAAGACUAUCUUUCUGGUGUGUUAACGCUCGCCAGUGAGCUGGCCCGACUGGCAGUGAACAGCGUCACGGCGGGCGACUACUCUCGCCCUCUCCGCAUCUCAACCUUUAUCAACGAGCUGGAUUCCGGCUUCCGUCUCCUCAACCUGAAGAAUGACUCCCUGAGGAAACGGUACGACGGCCUGAAAUACGACGUCAAGAAAAUCGAGGAAGUGGUUUACGACUUGUCGAUCAGAGGACUCAAUAAGGAGGCAACAAUUAGUGCGGGUGGAGAGAAGUGAAGGAUGCUCGUUUUAACAGCCUCAUUGAUUACCUCAGACGGUUGCCAAUUCCGGGGGGGUGCUAGCGAAGCCUUCCUACAGUAGUUUAGAAGAACUGCAGCUGAAAGCUGCUCUCUAUUUUCUUACGAAAGGUGUAGUACGGGUGUGAGGCCUCAAAAUGUUUUGUAAAAUCCUGUCUAGAUUAGGGCGGGAGGCUCCCUGUCUCCAGUGGAAUUCCUCUGUCAAACCUGGUGCCCUCCCGAGCGCAGCGGCAGUAGCUGCCACUGACUCCCACGAGCUCCAGUUCUCCUUUAGUUGUGUCGUGUUGCUUCGCUGCGCCGGCAGUGACGUGUCCCCACUGUCCCUGCUCACACACCUUCACAGGCGUGAGCAGGGCUUGCAGCACGGGUACAUGUGGUGUUUUAAAACACAGCAUGUAAAUAUCUAUACUUUUUUUUUUUAAGACACAGAUAAUUUUUUUUUGCCUUUUUAUUUCUUAAAUUUUCACUCACGUCAGUAAGUUGGACAGAUUUGCAUAGCUGUUUACUAACCAGAUCUUUAAAAAUGGGUUCUGUUAAUGUCUCCCCCUUAAUUGAGAAACUAGUGAAAAUAUUCCUGAGAAUUUCUCCAUUGGAACUGGUGUGCGGCACCCGGACACAUCUCUCUCUCUUUUGUGUUUAUUUUUCCUUUCCUCCAAGAUUUCUUUUGCCGGGGGAGCAAGGUGUUCUCAAACAUCUGCUUUCAGUGGCAGGUAUUUGUUUUACUGACACGAGUAAGUGCUGAGUUUUAACAUGAUCGUUUGCCUUGAGAACCCGGUGUAACCAAUGUUAUUUUAUUUUUUUUAACUACCAAAGUUUCCGAAUAGAGCAGCGGUAACCGAUAAACUGCAGGGAGCACCUGAGUUUUAACAACCUACGUAGGCUGCAACCGUACCCGUGUCCUGGGAUUAAAGAAAAAAAAGACCACACCAAAAGUAUAGUCCAUGUAGUAAAAUGUUUGUACGUUCAGAAAAGAGGAAAUUACUAGUUUCAGAUACUCUGCAUGUAAGGUGUUUGCAAACACCAACAGCCUCUUUCCUUUGUGUAAAUACCUCCCAGGUUGUUUGUUCCCUUUGUCCUAAAUGCCUUUGAGUUUUGCCAUUCUCCUCCUACUUCUGGUGGUGCAGGAGGGUUAAGGAGAAAAACAAACUUACUUAGGAGGAGGAAUAUUUCCAGAGGAUGAACACAAACAGCCAAGUUGAUGUGGGGUUUGUUAGUGUUUCAUUUUGUUAGCAAAGAUUUCCCACUGUUUCAGUUAAGUUUUUGUUUUGUUUAUUGGAAAAAAAUGAUUUCUUGGUUAUUUUGGCCAAUAAAAGCUGUUCUUUGAUUUUGGCCAUUUGGUAACUCCG